CCUCCCCGAGCGGCCCCAGCUGCUUCCCCGCCUCCUGCGGGGGCCGGGGAGGCCCGGGAGGAGGAGCCGCCGCCUCCCGCUUCCUCCGCCCGUCCCCGCCGGGCGGGUCUGGUGCGUGGCACAGGCUCCGGCAGCUCCGGAGCUUUCUAGAGCCGCCGGUCGGUGUCGGCUCCCGGGCCGCCUCCAUGGUGCCUCCGGCGGUGCUGCUGCCCUGGGCGGUGCUGGCGCUGCUCUGGCCGGGGGGCGGCGGCGCCUCCGCACAGGAAGAAAACCUGCUGGUUCUUACUGUUGCCACCAAGCAGACCGAGGGAUUCCAGCGCUUUAGAAGAUCAGCCCAAUUCUUCGACUACAAAAUCCAGGUGCUGGGGCUGGAUGAGGAAUGGCAGGGUGGAGAUGACAAGAAGCCAGCAGGAGGUGGGCAGAAGGUUCGUCUCUUGAAAUCGGCUUUGAAGCAGUAUGCAGAUAAGGAAGACUUGAUCAUCCUUUUCAUAGACAGCUAUGAUGUGCUCUUUGCAUCAGGCCCCACAGAACUGCUGAAGAAGUUCAAACAAGCCAAGAGCAAGGUGGUCUUCUCAGCAGAGAACUACAUCUAUCCUGACAGAAAGUUGGAAGCCAAGUACCCUCAGGUGCGAGAUGGAAAGCGCUUCCUGGGUUCUGGAGGUUUCAUAGGUUAUGCUCCAAACCUAAAGAAACUUGUGGAGGAGUGGAAAGGGAAGGAUGAUGACAGUGACCAGCUCUUCUAUACCAAUGUCUUCUUGGAUCCAGAAAAAAGGGAAAGUAUCAACAUCAGUCUAGACCAGAGAAGCCGGAUCUUCCAAAACCUAAAUGGAGCAUUAGAUGAGGUAGUUAUGAAGUUUGAAAACUCACGAGUGAGAGCAAGAAACUUGUUAUAUGACACUCUGCCCGUGGUGAUUCAUGGAAAUGGACCCACCAAGCUGCAGCUGAACUACCUGGGGAACUACAUUCCUCAAAUAUGGACAUUUGAGACGGGCUGCACUGUGUGUGAUGAAGGUCUGCGCAGCCUCACAGGCUUUAAGGAUGAAGCGUUGCCAAUUAUUCUGAUCGGCAUUUUCAUCGAGCAGCCCACCCCAUUCCUCUCCCAGUUUUUCUUACGGCUUCGUAACCUUCAUUACCCAAAGCAACGAAUCCAGCUCUUCAUUCAUAACCACGAGGAACAUCACUCCAUGCAGGUGGACUCUUUUGUUGAAGAGCAUGGCAAAGAAUAUCUAGCCAUCAAAAUGAUUGGACCAGAUGAUGAGGUGGAGAAUGCUGUGGCACGUAACUUGGGCAUGGAUUUGUGCAGAAAGGAUCCUGACUGUGACUAUUACUUUAGCCUGGAUGCUGAGAUAGUUCUGAAGAACACGGAGACUCUAAGGAUCCUGAUCGAACAGAACAAGAUGGUGAUUGCCCCGCUGGUGAGCCGUCAUGAGAAGCUGUGGUCAAAUUUCUGGGGUGCGCUGAGCCCUGAUGGAUACUACGCCCGUUCGGAAGAUUAUGUGGAUAUUGUUCAAAGGCGGAGGGUCGGGCUUUGGAAUGUUCCCUACAUCAGCAGCGUUUACAUGAUUAAAGCCAAGGCUCUGCGAUCGGAGCUUGACCAGACAGAUCUGUUCCACAGUGGCAAGCUGGAUGCUGACAUGGCUUUCUGCCACAACGUUCGGAAUCAGGGAGUCUUUAUGUACCUGACAAAUCGGCAUCAGUUUGGACACAUACUGUCCCUGGAGAAUUAUCAGACAACUCACCUCCACAAUGACCUCUGGCAGAUAUUCAGCAAUCCUGAGGACUGGAGAGAAAAGUACAUCCAUGAAAACUACACAGCAGCGCUGAAAGGGAAAUUGGUAGAAGUGCCCUGCCCAGACGUUUACUGGUUCCCCAUAUUCACUGACACUGCCUGUGAUGAGCUGGUGGAAGAAAUGGAACAUUAUGGCCAGUGGUCCACAGGUGACAACACGGACAGCAGAAUACAGGGAGGAUAUGAGAACGUCCCAACUAUUGACAUACACAUGAACCAAAUUGGUUUUGAAAGAGAAUGGUAUAAGUUUCUCCUGGACUAUAUUGCACCCAUUACUGAGAAGCUGUAUCCAGGAUACUAUACCAAGGCUCAGUUUGAGCUGGCCUUUGUAGUUCGCUACAAACCUGACGAGCAGCCGUCUUUAAUGCCCCAUCACGACGCUUCCACCUUUACCAUUAACAUUGCUUUGAACCGAGUUGGAAUAGACUAUGAGGGAGGAGGCUGCCGGUUCCUCCGCUACAAUUGCUCCAUUCGAGCUCCGCGGAAGGGGUGGACCCUUAUGCAUCCAGGACGCCUGACCCACUAUCACGAAGGUCUUCCAACCACCAAAGGAACCCGUUAUAUCGCAGUGUCUUUCCUUGACCCCUAGAGCCAUGUUUCACAGGAAGGACCUUUCCCUGGCCCUGCUCACUGCUGACUUUGAGUGGAAACAGGGAAUGCUACUGAGAGUUUCUAAGGCAUUGAUCAAAGCUAUUUGGAUAUUGAUUUUUAACAAUAUUUUAAGACUCCACUACUGGAAGAUCUCUCUCUCUGAUACUGCAGGUAAUAUCUAGGAAUAUUGCUGUAGAAUUUGGAAGGAGAUUCUGUGCCUUCGUUUUUGAUUCUGCUCCUCAUCCGCUGUGUCUUGGAAAUGCGAUUUACUUGAACCUUCACUGAUUGAUUGGCUUUACAAAAAUGCUUUCUUGGACUGGAAAUGCAGCUUUUUGGAGGCAAGUCACAAGCUCCCUCUCCAAGUAGCUGAAAGCCCAUUUUCAUCCACAGCAUAUAUAUGGGACUGGACAGUAAUUCCUGGAUACAAUUCCAAAUGUAAACCAAUCGGGGAGCUGACUCCAGGAGUCAUAGCAGUUAAAUGUUAUACCAGAUGAAACUCAGUAAUAAGAGCCUGAAGAUCAUCUGAUUCUUUACCUCUUUGCAGUCCUUGGAAGCAUAUCACAAAGGUCAGACAGCAGCAGUGGCAAUAUAAGUGCUUCUGGUUAGCUAAAGGAAAGUCCGCUGAUGAUAUUUUACCUCUGGGGUUAGACUGAAGAGAUAAAAGCCUCCCUGUUUUCUGUUACUGUAGCUAAAAGGAGUGUGCGUACCCAGACAAACACAGACCAUGUCAGUGUGUGUAGAUAAAAUCUAAGAAAGGGAAGGCUGAGAACAACUGGAUCAGUCAGGAGGGCUUCACUGCUCGGUCCUCUCAGCUCUGUCCCGUGUUCAGAUUGUCAAAAGCUCUGAUCAGUCUGGAUAAUAACCCAGAGGCCCCAGUGGCCUCAUUCCAGUUCUCAGUGAUAGUUUUGAUAAUUGUCUUUGCAUCCAACUUGAGUAGGCCAUCAGAGAGCUGUUCUCUGCUACUUAGAGGAAAUCCGUAUUUAGUGUUUCUUAUUUGAGAUUCCAAACCAAAAUGCAAAUUCCCUGCUUCUGCAGUGGGGUCCAGGCUGAUAGAAAAGGGUGUUUGGAAAGUGCUGAGAGAUCAUGGUGAGCUGGUAGGUAUAAAAAUCUGCCUAGACUAGGCCCAUGGUUAGAGGGGGAAUUGGGAGAAGCCUUUUCUGCCGUUGCCUGGGGGAUAUUUGCUCUGCUUCUCAGUGUUACGCUCUGGGCUUCUCAGACUAAUUGGUUUCACAAGCAGUAAAUUAAUAUCAUGAUUGUCCUUAGGAAAAAAUAUCAUCUUCGUUCUCUGUGUUUUCAGUUUUACUGUCUAAUUGCCAGGUUCGUCUCAGACAGGUUGCAUUAAUGCAGGAAGAAUAGCUUUAGACCUGUAAACUCUAGCAGGGAACUUUAUACAAUUUGAUGGACCUGAGGAAGGCAACAUUGACCCUUUUUUGCUGCUUUCCACGUGCUUUUUAGGUCUGUUUCAAGGCUACACACUCACACGUGCACAAGGGAGAAAAAUCCAGGCAGGGACAAUCAAUCUGAAAAAUAAAACAAUAAUAAAUCUUGUUAAGUGAAGUCAGAACUGUUAUCAAAUGGAAGGCUGUGAUAGGCCAAUCGUUGACAUGUCAAAAAUGUGUAUGUAUUUAUUCAGCAAGUUUUUUUUUCACUUA